AUGGAGCCUGAACAUUCAAACCAUCUUGAAAAUUAUCUGCCACAAUCACCAAUUCCGAUUCUAUCAAAAAACCCGCCGGCCGAUCCACCGUUCCACGGGUCAACACAGAGAGGGGACACGUUGUGGGGCAGUCGCCCUCGACCGUCGACUUUCCGAGACGUUUUGUUUUCCGGCCGUACCGUACCGUACUACUGGAGUAGUCGUAUUAGUGUGGUUCCGCGGGUGGAUACAACUGUCGUCUGUAUCCGUAGUCUGUACGGAUUUGAGCUUCAUGCUACGAACGGAUAUGGACACCCUGCCACUUGUGUCAUAUGUUACGCAUUAAGUAACUAUUUGUCUUCCUUUCUCCAAUCUGCGGAGGACGCACAGCUAGUCCAACGACCCCGGUCUCAAUCCCUCUUGGCUGACGUUGUUACAGUGCGCCGUCUUGCCCGCCUGGGCAAUGAUAGCCCGCCACCGGCAACGUGGAGAGCUAUCUCUACCCUUGCGGUGCGAAAGCGAGACCUCGCUAGUAGAUUAAGGAAGUACACAGUACUAUCCUUGUUUAUUCCCAAAGCGACAAGCUAUUCGAGGGAGAAUAACUCCAGAAUACCACCCACCCCAAACCAGACCGAACCUACGUUCUCCAAACUCAUAGGACUUAGUACGGAGUACAUGGGUAGGUUCGAUUGUGUUUUCACGAAUUACUGA